AUGGCGAUACGCAAUGACGAUUCCGACUACGAUGCCGGUGAAACGUCUAGGAAUGUACCACGUCCACGGUCCUACUCUGGAAAUUAUCAUGCAUACAAUGUACUCCGGACUAGAUUUUUGGCGUAUAUCUGUCAACUUUCCUACGCCUGUGAGCACGCCUCCUCAGUAGAUUACUGCCAUUUGCGUUGCGGGGGUUGUCUGCUCUGCAACCAACACAAAAGAGCCAACAGCUUUAAGCCGGAGUCUUCUAGCUUUGAUCGCCAACAUCUUGCUGCUCAUUCUGCAGCUACUAAGUUGACUGGACCAGUUCUUUCUGAAUCGAAGGAGACCCCAUUAGCCAACGGACCAUCCCAGGCGCUGGAGCCUGUUCGG